GGCAAGUCAACGAUGCAGGCGAGCAACAGAUCAAUUAAUCCAUUCUUCGUUCACGUGGCUGCACGAUGAGCGAUGACGAAGCAGAUCCCGAGCUGCUGGAGCUCCUUCGCCAAAGGCUUGGCAUUUCUUCCGGGCCUCAAGAUGGCGUCCCUCGCCAAACAGGUGUUCUGAAAGAUGCGGAAUUCAUUUACAAUAAUGCAAUCGACGUCCAUGUCGAUAUGCAUGGCACGAAAGGAGCUGCCGCGGAGAUCUACCGCGCCAUGAAGGCACGAGGCUACUCGACCGAGACCUGGAGCACUCAUGAGCUGCACCCAAAACCCAGCGAAGGUUUCUCUGAAGUGGACAUUGUCAAUUUUGUCUUCACCAUGGAUCUGCUCAACUUCUCCUUCUGGUCCGAGCUAUCUAGUGAUGAUCGAUUUCAAGUCGAAUAUAGAGAACAGCGUUGGACUGGCUACAACAGUCUCGUAGCCUGUCUGAGGCGGGCCUUGGAUGAAGCCAUACCGAUCACGACCCCUCGAUUCUGGACUAGCCCGCGUUGCACCCAAGAGACGUUUACCCAUGUGUUCCGCAGUGCAACUUCAGAACCUAUACCACUUCUCUCGGAGCGAAUCGCUAUCUUGAAGGAAGCAAGCACAGUGCUACAGGAGGAAUUUGCUGAUGAAAUCGAUGACGAUCAAUUUUUCGAUGAAGCAUCUGAGCUGGUGCCAGCCAUGAACGGCCAUGCGAUCCACGAAGACACGACUACUCAAACACCACUCCACUUUGAGGCCUUGCAGAACGAGGACAAUUCCCACGCUGCUGAGUCCGAGAACCAGAAUGGUCCAGGCUCAAUUCCUGCCAAUGGCACUGCCAAGCAGCAAUAUUCCUCAUCCGUUGAUGGCAAGCCCAACGAAAUGCAAGAGACUACAGGGGUCGAUAGUCAUACCAAAGCAUUGAACGGCUGCACCCCAACUGGUGAGGCGAACGGACACGUUGAGGGUUCUACGAACGGAGCCCGUCCUACCGACACAGCAGACAAUAUCCAAGCAGCGGACUCUAGCGCACAAGCAAACGGCCACAACGUGUCAGAUUCGCGACCAGACUAUGCGGUCAUUCGCUUGAUCGAGGAAAGCGGACAAUCGGCGGGAAAGUUGGUCAAUCUUCUAGCAAAGCACUUCAGAUGCUUUCAAGACGAGAGCAGGUUCGAUGGUCGCAAAGUGCGACUCCUCAAGCGCGCACAGAUAUUUGUGGCAGACCUAUGGGCCGCAUUCAAUGGGACAGGCUAUGGAUCUUUCCAAGAUAUUGACCACCUUACCAUGUUCGCAGAUUAUCGUGUGCCACAGUCUUUGCAUUCGCUUGGCGUUCUAACAUAUAGUCCCCCAUUGGAGCACCAUGUUCGUGAUUUGAGAACAAUCGAGCUAGGCGACUCUCGGGAAGUACAGUUGCGUGGCUGCAGCAUCUGGGCUGUUGAGCUGAUUCGGCGGGAGAUUCUAAGAAAUCAUCCAGAAGCAACUGCUGUGAACGCUGUUUUGAUCGAUUUCUUCCUCUACGAUCUGGCCAAAGAGAAAGAAGCGCAAGGUUUACCUGCAAUCCCGCACCAUAGGACACGUUCAAUAUGGUACUAGAACCACGGCAGAUUCUACAUCGAGAUGUUCGUUGGCGGCGGGGACUGACCUUAUGAUUACGAGUGAUAUCCAGCUGAAAGAUGGCCUGAAUUUCAGCAACAUCCUGGCGGCUACACACAGAUCGUAUGCGUGAUGGGUGCGUAUACGGCAACGACAGAGGCAUAUUUGGGACGCGAAAUUGACCGACUGCGCUGUGAGAAGCAUCGGAUAUCGAGGUAUCAUGAUUGACGAAAGUCAGCGAUUACGAACCCCUGCAAACGGUCGUCACAAGCCCUAUGCGACUGCUCCGGGGUACGUUCUGGCUCGUAGCACUGAGGAAGUGCGCCAGUAUCGGACGGGUUUUGAUGGCUUGCGCUUGGCAAAGCACUCGAGGUCCUGCAGACAGAAUACGAUAUAGAUACUAAUGCAGAAGUCACCCAGGAAC